AGCAUCUGGAAUCAGUGAAGACCGGAAUGCUUCAUUUUUAUGCUUUAAAACAUGCAGCGAUAUACUGAUACAUGAACAAAAACAAAUAGAUCUCAACGUCGAAAGACGCACAAAGAGGGUAAAACUUUUCCGUAGCACUCAGUGGAGGAAAACUGAACUAGAGCUGGGAUACUUGGAAAACGUUUGGGAAAUCUAGAAUCUCAGAGGAAAAAACGACCCCUUUUCAACAGUGGUUUUAGAAUUUUAGGAAUCUACCCCAGGAGAUCCAGAAUAACUGAGCGCACCACGCUCUCCCUGCAGGAACAUUAUGGCAACGUUGGAGUGAUUUUCCAUCCUCGGGGCGGAGGGGUUUGUUGCUGGGCAGUGUUUUUCCCCCAGAUAAAGCAGGGCUGAUCUGAGGGCAGAGGGGCGCUAAAUGCGGCUGACUGGCGACCUUACACCGGGAACCAUGAACAGCAGCGGGUCUGGCAACUUUCUGCUGGUCCCCAUACCGGAGUGUCCCCUGCUGGACUGUGUGCCUAACAAGACGGUGAAGAUUGUGGUGCUGGGAGCGAGCAACGUCGGGAAAACCGCUCUGAUUGUUAGGUUUCUGACCAAGCGGUUCAUAGGGGAUUAUGAAGCAAACACUGGAGCUCUAUACUCCAGAAAGGUUACACUGGAAGGGGAGGAAGUGUCUCUUCAGAUCCAGGAUACUCCCUGUGUCACUCUCCAGGAUGAUGCUGAAGGCCUGUACUGCCAGGAGCAGAUCAACAGGUCGAUCUACUGGGCAGACGGUUAUGUGCUGGUUUUUUCCAUCACAGACAAUGACAGCUACCGAACUAUCCAACCUCUGUACCAACAUGUUAGACGUAUACACCCCUCUGGAAACAUACCUGUUAUCCUGGUUGGUAACAAGAGCGACCUGCUCCGAGCCCGACAAGUGCCAGCAGAUGAAGGCGAGACAUUAGCAGCUGCACUAGGGGGAGUUUACUUUGAGGCCUCGGCCAGAGAGAACCAUGAGGGAGUCCAUGCUGCCUUCCUGCAUCUCUGUCAAGAGGUGAUCAGAGCACUGGGAGGAGGAAACGGAGAGAAAAGAAGAGGUGGCCUUCACUUAGCCAGACCCAAAUCUCCAAACAUGCAGGAGCUGAAGAGGAGGUUCAGACAGGUCCUCUCCUCCAAAGUCAAGUCAGCCACCACACUCUGAUCUUAGGGUGUGACCAAAGACAAUGUGCAGCCAGAUAUGUGGCAAAGAGAAAUGCUUUCAUGGAAAUAAAAAAGCUUCUAGUCCUUCUCUGAUGGAAGGCCGAAGAAAAAUGACAGGAGGAACUCAAGCCAAUAAUAGCAUGACAAGGCACAGCUGAACUCCUUUGCAGUGGUCAAGGACUUUAAAAGAGAACAAGCAGUCGUCGUCAGAUGGAUGAAAAAGAAAGUUUAAAUGGAGCUUUCUGGCAACUAUGCUCUUUUCUGCAUUUUGGAUGAGACUCGCGGUCAACAUGAGCCAACUUAAGCCUCUUCCCAGGCUUAUGUACAACAAGGAUGCUGCUCAAAAUCAACAUGACUUACUGCUACAUAAACAGAAAGCUGACUGUCACUGUGGACUUUCUAAUAUUUUGGAACAAUUCAUGACAGUUUUCUUGAGGCUGAAAAAAAUUAAAUAAAAUAAAAUCACUCAAAAGUGAGUGGUUUAAUGCAUCAUAUUAUUAAAGACUAAGAAUUUCUAAUGUCCUGUUACGUGUAUAACAUGUAGUUUAUGUUGGUUUUUGUUGCCUUUGGAACUGAAGGGUGCUCGGAAAACCUCUCAUUUUUUGUUUGGUUUAAGUUUGUUAGUCCCCGGAAGAGCAAUGACAUUUUUUAAGUUUGCUGAUACCAAAUAAAAUAAAGUCAAGCCGACAUCCUAUCUGUUGAUAAGUUUUGAUAAAAAAAAUAAGUAGUCCAAACUGAAACAGGAAAAGACCCCAAAAUACAAAUAU